GGACAGGCUGCCCUCAGAAUGAAUAUGGCCGCCUCCAAGUGCGUGCGCCUGAACGGAGAGCUCUCCCGCCGCUUCCUGGUCUCGGUGGACACGGUGCUCUUCGACUGUGACGGCGUCUUGUGGCGGGGAGAUGAGGCAGUCCAGGGGGCCCCGGAGCUGGUGAACGAGCUGAAGCGGAGCGGCAAGCGGGUGUUCUACCUCACCAACAACAGCACGAAGACCCGGGCCAUGUACUCCGACAAGCUGGGCCGCCUGGGCUUCUCCGCCGAGCCCGGGGAGGUGUUCGGGACGGCCUACUGCACGGCGCUCUACCUGCGGGACACGGCCCGGCUCCGGGGGAAGGUCUUCCUGAUUGGAGGGGGCGCUCUGAGCCAGGAGCUGGCGGCGGCCGGCAUCCCUCACCUGGGGCAAGGAGCGGACCCGGUCACCGGGGGGAUGAAGGACUGGGCGGACCUCAGCCGGGACCCCGAGGUCAGGGCGGUGGUGGUCGGCUUCGAUGAGAACUUCAACUACAUGAAACUGACCCGAGCUCUGCACUACCUACAGGACCCCGCCUGCCUCUUCAUCGCCACCAACACUGACACCAGGCUGCCCCUGGAGGGGGGCCGGGCCAUCCCUGGAACUGGUUGCUUGGUACGAGCGGUGGAAACUGCUGCUCAUCGCAAAGCCCAGGUUAUCGAAAACCCAACUCAUUCCUGUAUGACUGCGUGGUCAAAGAAUGUGGUCUGGAUCCCUCAAGGACUGUCAUGGUGGGCGAUCGCCUGGACACAGACAUUCAGAUGGGUUCUACGUGUGGCAUCCGCACACUCCUGACCCUCACAGGCUUUUCUAGUCUGGAAGAUGCAAAGGCCUACCAAGACAGCGGCUCCCUCUCUCUGGUCCCUGACUUCUAUGUAGACUCUGUGGCUGACCUGCUGCCAGCACUGACUGAGGAUGCCCAUUGA